UUUUUACAGAUGAAGAUGAAGACGAUUAUCCUCUGAUAAAGGCUAUGAGAGAUCACAGAAAGCUGAGUGGGCAAAUACUGCAUGAAUCUUUCUUGAGAUACCCAGUUAUGCUUCAGAGAGCAAAAUACAGUCGGUUCAGGAAUACACCGACAGAAGAAUGUGUACAAAACCCCAAUCUAAAUGCCAAAGGAUGUGCCAAUUCCUGUGCAGCUGCUGAUUCCUUCUUACCGGUUGAAAGCCUCACCUUGGUGACCCAGGAUCGUUCCACCACACUAUGCACUUUGAUACCCAAAAUGUCACAUUUUAAACUCCCUGGCUCAGGCAGCUUAAUGAGGCUGAGACACUUUUCUCUGGGCACAAAGGAGGUGCCCAGGUUAAAACUCAAUGAUUCCCACAGAGAUCAGAGGAGCCCAACUGCUACAGAAAUCACUUUCAAUAGCUAUGUGCGCCCUUCUCAAGUAAAGCAGGAUGUGGACACAAAUGCAAAUCCCCAAGAGGACUGUUUGUUGCCAGAUGCUGAGAAGUCUGCACCUGAGCAGAACAUCAGCCACACCAAGCAUGUCAACAUGGGACCGGUACUCUGCUACUGCGUAAAAUACAUGGGUUGUAUUGAAGUGUUGCAGUCCAUGAGAUCCCUUGAUUUUGGAACAAGAACUCAAGUUACAAGGGAAGCAAUAAGUCGCCUCUGUGAAGCUGUGCCCUGUGCCAAAGGAGCUGCAAGAAAGCGAAAGCCUCCUCUGAAAUUUCUGUCCUCUGUUCUGGGAAAGAGCAACCUCCAGUUUUCAGGAAUUAAUGUCAAGUUGACCAUCUCCACAAACAGCCUUACCCUGACAGAUAUUGACACUCAGCAGAUAGUUGCGAACCAUCAUAUGCAGUCAAUAUCAUUUGCCUCUGGCGGAGAUCCUGACACCACUGAUUAUGUUGCUUACGUUGCCAAGGAUCCAGUUAACCAAAGAGCAUGCCACAUUUUAGAGUGCCCAAACAGUAAAGCCCAAGAGGUGAUCAACACUAUUGGACAAGCUUUUGAACUGCGUUUCAAACAGUUUUUGAAAAGUCCAUCCUUCAAAGAUGAGAGUGAUCUGUCAAGCCUUUCUAAUGUGGCGGUAAAAGAAGAGGAAGGCCACGAAUACUAUAAUGAGUUACCAGGAAAGGAGCCCCCUGCUGGAGGGGUACUUGAUAAAAGAAUGAAAGUUGAAACAACAGGAUUCAGCCUUGACUCUGAUGAGCAAAACUCAAAGGUGAGUUACAUGAAAAGUGUCAACGUAUAUGAAAACUGCUUAGAGAACGAGAAGACUGUAGGUCUUUCUGAUCAGGAUGUGACAACAGGUCGAGAAGAACUUUUUGAUGAUCCAUCUUACAUAAACACAGUGCCAAAAACACAAAGUCCAGAUAAAACUCAGGUUUCCAGGAAAGCCUAUAUAAAUUCAGUGACUCUUGAUCCUGGGUACCUAUGUGAAAGUGGAAAGCUACCUGUCAGCAGCUCCAUACAAAGAGAAGAGUGGUUUCAUGGCAGAAUGAAUCGAAAUGUAACAGAAAGCCUCCUCCUUCAUGAUGGAGAUUUUCUGGUUCGAGAGAGCACUACUUCCAUUGGUCAAUAUGUAUUAAGUGGAUUACACGAAGGACACCCGAAACAUCUGCUGUUGGUGGACCCAGAGGGAAAGGUGAGGACUAAAGAUCAUAUUUUUGAAAAUGUGAGUCAUCUAAUUAAGCACCAUGUUGAAAAUGAAUUACCUAUUAUAUCAUCUGGAAGUGAACUUUGUCUGCGGCAGCCAGUAAAAAGGCAGGAAAGAUUGCAAUCUCAAUUAGAAUGAAAAGAUUUUCUAACAUGUGCGUAAGAUAUGUACAUGAAAGUAAACACUGCUUACUAGACCUGUAU